AUGAAUCAUGUGACCAGCUCAACAGGCCAAGCACUGGAUUCCCGGUGCACUUCAACCAACAUCUUCUCAAUUGUCCCGACUUCAACUCCUGCCACAUCACCUCGCCAACCUGCCAUCAGUAUGGCUUUGCCAUGGCAUCUAUCCAUCGACCCCGAAAUGGAGCCGCGAGACUACGACCAUUGGCCGAAACACCCGGAAUGGCGCCAUCGGUACGACUUUCUUGUCGCGACGCCUCCGCCUCUCGCCACUACGUGCUACUCCUCCGCCGUCACCUACCACGCUUCGGUUCUGCCAUUGGUUCGCUACCACUUCGAGGCAUUUCAUUGGGGACAUGACGGCUCACACAUCACGCUCCGGGCUGACAUCGACGGUGCACUACACAAUGCUCUCAGCCUGUUUGACAUCGUCGUCGAUGCCUACCUCACCCAUGGGCUCAUCUGCAACUCGAGCUGGUGGACACUCCAGAAUGAGGGUUUCAAGGAGCCAUUCUUCGAGGUUAUAUAUGACCUUCGGUCCUAUCUUCGUGUGAUCCAUGCCAUUGCAGUACUCUUCAGUCGCGAGGUUCACACAUUGUCAUCACUCGAAAGCGCGCACGAUGUCCCUUCCCACUGGGCCUCUCAUCCUCACGACGUGACACUCUCUCCCGACCUCCUGGACAACGAGAAGAUGCCCCCACUUCUACGUCAGGCGGACGACUACGUCUUUCGUCUCUGCAGGCUAUUCACCGUCCGUCCUUCGUUCACGGAAGCACUGGAUCAGACUCUUGCCAGGGCAAGGGAGCAGGCUGAUAGCGUGAGUGAAUGGGCGAGGAAGGAGGUUGGAACAACCCAGCACCUCAGUGACUACUUCGUAGGAUUCAAGCAAAGGCGCUCGAACUGCAUUCAAAUCGCGUUCCCCAUGGCGAAGAAAAACCUGAUGGACUUUCUGGAUCGACCCCUUGAACCCGAACGAGUGAUCAAAUUUUGGCCAUUUGCCGAGCAGCCUGCCCUCCCCGCCGUGAAGGACUAG